AUGCCGACAGGUUGCAAAAUCAAAGCACUAAGGGCCAAGACGAAUACUUACAUUAAGACCCCCGUUCGUGGAGAAGAACCCAUCUUCGUCGUCACGGGACGCAAAGAGGACGUAGCCAUGGCCAAAAGGGAAAUUCUCUCAGCUGCUGAACACUUCUCCAUGAUCAGAGCAUCCCGCAACAAGAACGGCCCUGCCCUGGGAGGUUUGCCGUGUACCCCCAACCUGCCGGGCCAGACGACGGUCCAAGUCAGGGUGCCUUACCGUGUCGUUGGGCUGGUGGUGGGACCGAAAGGAGCAACAAUCAAAAGAAUUCAACAGCAGACCCACACCUACAUAGUCACACCCAGCAGAGACAAGGAACCCGUCUUCGAAGUCACGGGAAUGCCCGAAAACGUCGACCGGGCGCGCGAGGAGAUCGAAAUGCACAUAGCCAUGAGGACGGGCAACUACAUCGAGCUGAACGAGGAGAACGAUUUCCACUACAACGGUACGGAUGUCAGCUUUGAAGGAGGCACCCUGGGCUCUGCCUGGCUCGCUUCUAAUCCUGUCCCUCCUAGCCGCACCAGAAUGAUUUCUAAUUAUAGAAAUGACAGCUCCAGCUCCUUGGGAAGCGGCUCCACCGAUUCCUAUUUUGGAAGCAAUAGGUUGGCUGACUUCAGCCCGACGAGUCCCUUCAGCACAGGCAACUUCUGGUUUGGAGAAACGCUGCCUGCGGUGGGCACGGAAGACCUGGUGGUUGACUCUCCGGCGUACGACUCCUUACCGACUCCUUCCCAAACCAUUUGGACCCCUUUUGAACCUGUAAACCCGCUCUCUGGCUUCGGUAACGACCCGACUAAUAACGCCAAGCCUCAGCGCCGAGGGAGCCAACCAUCUACACCUCGCCUGUCGCCCACUUUUGCAGAAAGUCUGGAUCACCCCUUGGCUAGGAGAGUGAGGAGCGACCCGCCUAGCGCCGGCCACCAAACCGGCCUUCCCAUCUACAUCCCUGCUUUCUCCAACGGUACCAACAGCUAUUCCUCUUCCAACGGUGGCUCCACGUCCAGCUCGCCCCCCGAGUCGAGACGGAAGCACGACUGCGUCAUCUGCUUCGAGAGUGAAGUCAUUGCGGCCCUGGUCCCCUGCGGCCACAAUCUCUUCUGCAUGGAGUGUGCCAACAAAAUCUGUGAAAAGGAAACGCCAUCGUGUCCCGUUUGCCAGACAGCUGUUACUCAGGCAAUCCAAAUUCACUCUUAAAUAUAUAUAGCUAGUGUUAUACGUGGACUUUUCAAACUCUUAAAGGCAUGGGUGUAAUGGUACCCUCUAGUAAACUUCCUAAUGAAUUCUGACUGUUGGGCUUUCUUGGGAUUAGGCUGAAGUUGUUUAAUAAAUUUCGACUUUCUCAAAAGGCUGCUACGGUAACACUAAACCUAGGUGGUCUCUGUCCGGUUCAGUGUAAGCAGAUGGCAUGUUUAACAGAGAUACAUCUGGUGUGAUGCUACGGCAGAGCGAGGGGAAGUUUUCGUCAGUUAACAACAGCGUUAAAAACAAAUUCGACAGGUUUGUUUUUUUUUUUUUCUAAAGGAUCUCUGUGAAGCGUUGGGACUUCUGUGGGCUGGCAGCAAUGAACCUCGUCGCCUAAACGCAGAAGUACUCGUCCGUCGUGGAGGGUUUGUGGCAUUAUCAAUAUAUCAACACUUCCAAUGCUGCCUUCUUUACACUGCCAGUUUUGAAGUAAAAAAAAAACAAAAAAACAAAAAAACAA